AGCGGCAGUAUCGCGUAGACCUUGCUACGGAGUCUACGUCGUGCCGGCUACGAAUCGCUCGAUCGCGUCCCAAAUAAAUUACACAAUUUUAUCUGUGUCUAUAAUCGUGUUAGUGUUUAUUUAAAUUAUAUUUUAAAACUAGUGUUGUGUUUUACGUGACUGUUUUUUUUCUGUUUUAUUUUUUUUUUAUUUGUGUGGCUUCACAAAGUUGCUGGGCAGAUACUAAACUGAAUACCAAACCAAUGACUUGAGACCACCGAAUUCCACCAUGACGUGUCCGUUUCGCCGAGCGUCCUCUCAACAUCAGUUCGCAAAUGGCAGUGGAUCCAGUGCAAAGAAACCAGAAUUCAGAUCCCGACAGUCCUCGGUACACCUUCCAGGACCUGAAGAGGAAGAUGGAGAGAGAAACACCCUCACACUCAAAAACUUGAGUGAAGCCCUCCAGCUUCUCACAGCACCUUCGAAUGAAUGUUUACAUGCAGCAGUGACAGCUCUAACGAAAAAUCAAGCGGAACACUAUGACAAAUAUCAUUGUUUGGUCGACUUCCAGCCCAAUCCAAUAUGGUUAACAAUAUCGAGGUUUUUUAUGCGGAUCUACACAAGUAAAACAAGAGAAAAACUUAAACGAAGACUUCCCGACGACGUAAAAACUUGUAGGAAUUACGCGUACUUGCAGGAAAUUUACGACGCGGUACGGGCUACAGACAGUGUUAGCACUAAGGAUUUUAUGGCAAAAUUAGGAGAAUAUUUAAUUUUAACAGCAUUUUCACAUAACUGUCGACUGGAGAGAGCGUUUAAAUGUUUAGGCACCAAUUUGACUGAAUUUCUCACUACUUUAGACAGCGUGCACGAUGUUUUACAUGAUCAGGAUGAUGCCCUAAAAGACGAAACAGUGGAGUAUGAAGCAAAUUUCGUUUGUACCACGUCACAGGAGGGAAAGAUUGAGCUUCAUUUAACGACAGAGAGCGAACCUGUCGCCUACCUUCUUGUUGGCAGCUUAAAAUCAAUAGCAAGGCUGUUAUAUGACACACAAACGGACAUAAGACUGACGAGUUAUACUAACGAUCCUAGAAGAUUUAAGUACGAAAUAAACGCAGUACCAUUACAUCAAAAGUCAAAAGACAGCGAUUGUGAGCAAUCAGAAGCAUCAAGUAUUGCUACAUCGACAAAAGUGACGGACUUGAAGAUCGGAGUGGCUAGCUUCUGCAAGGCAUUCCCUUGGCAUUUCGUCACUGACAAACGGCUGGAACUUGUGCAAUUAGGUGCUGGUUUCAUGCGACUCUUCGGCACCUACCUAGCGUCUCACGGCUCCUCGCUUGGCACCUACUUCAGAUUGCUUCGACCAAGAGGUGUUCCUCUCGACUUUCGUGAGAUCCUCAAGAGAGUUAAUACUCCUUUCAUGUUCUGCUUGAAAGUACCUGGAUCUUCUUCACCAGCUGAGGGUCUGGAGAUUAAAGGUCAGAUGGUAUUCUGCUCUGAGUCAGACUCUCUCCUGUUCGUCGGGUCUCCAUUCCUGGAUGGACUUGAAGGUCUCACUGGCAGGGGUCUCUUCAUAUCAGAUAUACCACUGCAUGAUGCCACGAGAGAUGUAAUUCUGGUUGGCGAACAGGCUCGAGCUCAGGACGGACUCCGCAGACGUAUGGAUAAGCUGAAGAACUCAAUAGAAGAAGCCAGCAAAGCGGUUGACAAGGAGAGACAAAAGAAUGUUAGCCUUCUGCAUUUAAUAUUUCCACCCCAUAUAGCCAAGAGACUGUGGUUAGGUGAGAAGAUCGAAGCGAAAAGCCACGAUGACGUCACAAUGCUGUUCAGUGAUAUAGUUGGUUUUACAUCAAUAUGUGCUACUGCUACCCCUAUGAUGGUGAUCGCUAUGCUUGAAGACCUAUACAGCGUGUUUGAUAUCUUCUGCGAGGAACUUGAUGUUUAUAAGGUGGAGACAAUAGGCGAUGCAUACUGCGUGGCUAGUGGAUUACAUCGUAAGAUAGAUACUCAUGCGCCACAGAUUGCUUGGAUGGCACUGCGCAUGGUUGAGACCUGUGCCCAGCAUUUAACGCACGAAGGAAACCCCAUAAAGAUGCGCAUAGGCCUUCACACUGGGACGGUACUAGCUGGAGUGGUCGGGAAGACUAUGUUGAAGUACUGUCUAUUCGGACACAAUGUCACGCUUGCCAACAAGUUCGAGUCCGGCUCUGAACCUUUGAAGAUCAACGUCAGUCCGACUACUUAUGAGUGGCUAAUAAAAUUCCCGGGCUUUGAGAUGGAGCCCCGGGAUCGUUCGUGUCUACCAAAUUCGUUCCCAAAGGACAUCCCGGGAACAUGUUAUUUUCUUCACAAGUAUUUACACCCGGGCACCGACCCUGCCGCCUCCCAGGUCAAGCAUAUACAGGAUGCCUUGAAAGAUUUCAACAUUGGUCAAACCAAACCAGAUGACAUAGAAAACGAUGAAUCCAGUGGAGCAACUGAAUCUCAGAACUAAAAUUCCAAAAAUCAAAACAGACUAUAAU